AUGAGCGACGACCUCUGUACGCUCUGCUUGAGCCUCUCCACCACGAUACAUGAAGCAUUCACAGAUGAAGCCGAGGCUACACCAUUAAGCCCCCUCUGGCACAAGACUCUCGGCGAGGUGCACACCUCCUCCUUCACCUGCAGGUUUUGUACCAUCGUUAUAAAGGGGUGGUCGCAGUCCAGAGUCGUCCAGGUGGAGAGAGCAACUCUCGAGGCCGAUUAUGACGCUGAGCACCCGCCAGCAGACCUUCACCGUCCCAUUCACGAGAUUCCGGCUUAUCGAAACGAAGCGGAGUUCGAGAUAUCCCUGGAGAAGUUACCGCGGUAUCUCGAUGAUGGACGCAGACUGACGAACCGCUGGGCUGUUGUGUGCAACUGUAAUGUGAAAAGUAGCACCUCUUUCGAUGUGCAUCCAAGCCUUCGGGCACAUCUGAAUCUUGCAAGACUUGAUGGUGAGGGGGACACCGAGGCGGCCGAUAGGGAUGCAGUUUGUGCCCCGCAAGAGCUUCGGAUCGGUCAAGCUACCCUGGAAGCCGAACCAGGCGCAGAGACAGGACAGGACAUCAAUGUGGUCCCCCUGGUGUCUGCAAGUCCAUUGUCAAAACAAAGCCUAACGCUGGCAAAAACAUGGCUCAACAAGUGUGUCGAUGAGCAUGGUAGGACAUGCCAGCCACUCGACAAACCUGUAAGAUGGAUGCCUUCGCGAUUGAUUGAGGUCUUUCCUGGAGGAGACAGGAUAUAUCUGCAAGAAAAGAAGUCAAUCGACUCGGACGGCCAUGAUCAGGAUGAUCGUUUUGUUGCGCUAAGUCACUGUUGGGGAGCUGGAGGAGCACCUUUUAUGACAACUCGAAAGACCUUGGCCCUUCACACCCACGAAGGAAUCGAAAUAUCAAAGCUACCGCAGACCUUCCGGGAUGCAGUGAUCCUUAUGGCGAGCUUGGGUCUUCGAUAUGUGUGGAUUGAUAGUCUUUGCAUCCUUCAAGACGACCCAGAGGAUUGGGCCCGAGAGGCGGCUCAGAUGGCGGAUAUUUACCGGUACGCCCACUUGGUCAUCAUCGGAGCGAAUUCUCCUGGGGACACCUUGGGGUUCCUUUCCUCAAGAGAGGCUCCUGAUGUGGUGCCGCUGCCACCACCACCACCCACCUCGCCAUCAUCUUCCAGAACGACCACCAACAUCAAGCUCUGCCUCCAACUUGACGACCGUGACUGGACCUACAGCUGGAAAUCAACAGAAAAUACAGACCACCUCCGAAACGAGCCUCUAAGUUCAAGGGCAUGGUGUUUGCAAGAGCGGUUUCUGUCCCUACGCGCUCUUCAGUACGGAACCCGCCAAGCUUUCUGGGAGUGCAAUACCAUCAGGGCAAAUGAAGAUGGGGAGGUCGUAGGUCAGAAUAUUCUGAGCAUGCAGCGGAACCAUGUUAGCCGGCUUGCUAAGACGGCAAACGUCAAGAAGACAGUUUUUUCAAAUGGAACGUGGAGACCGGCAGACAGGGAGGUCAGUGGAGGGUGUCGGUACAACUGGGUGGAUUGGUACUGGGUGGUGCAGGAUUUUACUGCACGGGAUAUCACCAAGGCGACGGACCGGUUUCCUGCUGUGGCUGGGUUGGCAAGGGAGCUGGUGCGUAUUAGGAGCAAGAAUGAUCACGAAGCUAUGAGGGAGAUGCCGGGUGAGUAUAUGGCUGGUCUGUGGAAAAGUGGUGUUCUGGAGGGGCUGUUUUGGUGCAGAGCUGGCCCUGAAAGACUGCUUGAACCGACAAAGGAGCAUGUUGCCCCGUCGUGGUCCUGGGCUUCGGUUAUGGGCCAGGUUCAGUUUCCUGUCUAUGAGUGGUAUGAGAAGCGCGCUGCUUGGAAAUCGAAUGUCCUUGACUUUGAGCCGUUGGCAGAGUAUGUUUCCCACUCUCUGGAACUGAGGGAUCAUGAUCCCUUUGGCAGGUUAGCGGGAGGCACUUUGACGAUGAGGGGGCCACUGUUGCCCGUCACCAAGAUCAAAGCAAGGCAAGAGAAGGAACCGCCGUUGAAUGAUGCCUAUGGGCUUGCACCAAGUCGAUCUGAAAUCACAGACGGGGUAUAUCGACUGCAGACUGAGAGGAACGGUUGUAUAUGGGUAGAAGGUGGUACGGAUUUUCCAUCUUCUGAUAGUCAAAUUGACACAGACGGGCUGGCAGCAAUGCUCUUGAUUCGUGUGCCGCAUGUGCUGGAUCACGGCUUUGUUGACUAUCGAUUUGGACUUUUGCUGAAGAGGUUGGACGAUGGAUGUUAUCAGAGGGUUGGAUUCAUUGAUGGGGCCAUUAUGAAGGAAACGGGGCUCCCUUUCUUCAAGAGCUUUGAGGUUGUUGGAUAUCCCCGACCAUAUGAAGAAGGGGAUAUGGAUCCUCCUCCGAGGUCGAGUACACUCGAUUUCACUAUGGACGAUGUCCGGAGAGACAGGAGGGCCAGGCGACAUAACGACCUCGCUCUAGAUCCGCUGCGGUUGGAGAAGAAGGAGGUGACGAUUUGCUGA